AUGGAACCAAUCGAUGAAACCCCAGAGAAUACAUUACCUACCGAAGCUGAAGCUACUGCUACCCAAUCUCCAGCUGUAAAACCCGAAGAAGAUACGUCCAUCCCAGUAACCACAAACGCGCCGCCACCUGCUUCUUCUUCCAACCCGGAAAUCGAUUAUGUCGCCUGGGAUGCCGCCAUAGUCGCCGCAAUAACAUCCCUCCCAGAAGCCGACCUAAAAUCACGGUCUCAGCAAUUUCUCUCAAAACAUCCAACCGCAUUAUCCACAUUCCGGUCUACACUAUCAUCUACUCCCCUAGCAAUCCCACUUGCACCAUUCCAACAACAUCCAACUUUUCUACUUCGCUUCCUUCUCGCCGAAUGGCGUGACGAAGAACUCAAACAAUUCCGCACCGAUCUAUCCCUUAUUAUCUCAAAAUCCUUGGAACGGGUUAUCGCUACUCAAAAAUGGAGGUCCGGCGAUGACGAGUGCUGGAAGUUGUUUCAACAUAAGGAUAUGGACGAUCUCUACGACAACUUCACCCAUCCCGAGGAAAAGGAGGAGUUUAUACACAAAUGGUUCUUCCAGGGUUUCUACGGUGUCGAUAAAUCAGGCCAUCCGGUUCAUUACGAAUUACUCCCAAGUAGUUAUCAUGAGGAAUACAUGACACCCUUAAUAAUCCGACGAAUCCUGAAUAACGAAAAAACACUAAGGGAACGAGUACUCCGUUACAAUCCACCGUUGGGGACAGCGACACAAGAACAAUUGUCGAAUCCGAAGUUGGGAGUAACCUGGAUUCUCGAUGCUCGCAAGAUAUCCAUGUGGGUUGUUCCGCAGGUUUAUAAGACUAUGACGGGUAUGAUUUCUUACUCGAAUAAAUACACUUCGGCGCAUUAUCCGGAACAGGGGUAUAGAGCGUAUGUGGUGAAUUUGGGAAGUGUUUUGGUGAGUUUGUAUAAUGUUGCGAUGAAGAUUAUGCCGGCACAGACGCAGAGGACGACGAAUUGUUAUGGCGGGAGGGAUGUUUUGGAUGAAGUUGUGGAUGGGGAUUUGCCUGGGAUGUUCGGGAAGGGGGGUCACAAGAAUGUAGAGGGAUUGAGCGAUGAUGAGAAGAGAAGACAGUGGGAGAUGGGAGAUGCGGGUCCGUGGGUCGAAGUCGAGGCUUAG